GUGACCCUGACACAGCUCAGUGUCCGCUUCUCUGUGCUCCUCUGUGUUUCAGGCUCUAACCUGCGAUCAGCUGGUGUGUGUGUGUGUUUCCGCAGCUCCUCGCCUCACACACACACACUGCUGGAUCUCAACCAUCAGCCUGGGUCGCAGCCAUGAAGUUCACCGGCUCUCUGCUCUCUCUCCGGCUCCACCAUCCCACACCGUGACACACUCUUCCUCAACCGGCAGGCCUCUGCGCUCCCCGAGGGAGAUCCGGUCCAACACGCCGCGCCAGGGUGGGUGCAGCUCGGCCACGGCGGCAGCAUGGUCCCGGUCCGCGGCCGAGCCUGAGCUCCGAGCGAAGCGAAGCGACUGAGGGAUGAACCACACGAGCUGUGUCCUGGAUGUCACACACUCUGUCCGCCACGAUGAACGGUCCUCAGCAGAGUGAUACCAAGAGACAGCACCUCCUGGAGAGGCUGCUGGACGCUGUCAAACAGUGCCAAAUUCGCUUUGGAGGAAGGAAAGAGAUCGCCACCGACUCAGACAGCAGAGUGAUCUGUCUGUGUGCACAGUUUGAAGCGGUGCUGCAGCACGGCCUGAGGAAGAGCAGAGGUCUGGCCCUCACUGCCGCCGCACUCAAGCAGGCUGCGGGCUUCAGCAGCAAGGCCGAAGCAGAGUUGACGUUCUGGUUUUACGUGAAGGAGCACCUGAACCGCCACGAGCUCCAGCGGUUCUACUCGCUGCGUCACAUUUCCUCCGAGCUGGGUCGGGGUCGUGCCUGGCUGCGCUGUGCCCUCAACGAGCACUCGCUGGAGCGCUACCUGCACACACUGCUGGCUGACCGCCCACGUCUGGGAACUUACUAUGAAGAAGGGGCUUUUAUUCUUGAUGAAGAGAGAGCAAGUAUGCUCCCCACCAUGGCUGCAGGCCUGAACUCCAUCCUGUUUGCCAUCAACAUCGACAACACCGACCUGAACGGCGGGUUGACGCGAGGCGCAGGCCCGUCGGUAUCAGACCUCCUCAAGGAGUCCACGCAGGGCAUCGGCAGCCUGUUGAAGGAGUCCACUCAGGGGGUGAGCAGCCUCCUGCGUGAGAUCAGCACAGCCACGGCCGUGGUGCCCGGAUUCACGCCCCGAGGGGAGGGAGCCUCGGACCCGCUCCCUGUUCUCCCACGCAGCACCUCUGCUGAUUCAGGGCUGAGGAAGGAGCGCCGUAGGAAAAAGAAGAUCACCAACAUCAUUUCUUUUGAUGAUGAUCUGGAUGGUGGGGCGGAGGACGAGGAGGAGGGGGAGGAGGACUCCCAGAAAACGGGCCUGAUAAGGAAGAGUCACACCGCUCCGGCUCAGAGCAGCUUGGAGGAAGGGAUAGACCCGCUGGAGCCGGCCUACUCCCAGUCGCCGGCACAGAACGGCCUGGAGGAGCCGGGCAUAGUCAGCUGGGUUGGGUCCCCGCAUCCGUCUCGUACGCCUCCCGCAACUCCGCCCCCACUGCCCGACAGCAAGAGCAUCGACAACGAGGAGGAGGAGGAGGAGGAGGAAGAAGAGGAGAUGUACAAACCCAGAGCACAACCUCAGGAGGAGGAGAGGAUCAGCUCUGAUCAGUUGGUGGUCGGGAGUCUGCCCAGUGUGUCCACGUGGAGCCCUCUACAGGUGAUGACAAACCACAGCAGCUCCGACAUCCUCAUCCCUCUCAACCCUGCAGACCGUCAGCCAGUGAGCUCUGUGGAGGACACGGCAGCAUUUCCUGCUCAGUCUGACUCGACGGGGCCGGUGGGAAACUGUGAGAGCAGCAGCAGGUCCGAGCUGACGUUCAACAUGGAGUCGAGUCCACCGGCGCCGUCUGCUCCCCUCUCCAGCGUCCUGCAAACACCUGGUCUGCCAGAGUCCAUGACAGUCGUGGAGCUGCGUCAGGCCAUUGUGGCCAUGAUGAACAGGAAGGACGAGCUGGAGGAGCAAAACACGUCUCUUCGCUGUCUGCUGGACGGGGAGAUGGAGCACUCGGCCGGCCUGAGGCAGGAAACAGACAUGCUGAACAGGAAGCUGGCAGAGCUGGAGGAGAGGCACACAGCCAAGGUCCAAGCCCUGGCCAGGGAGAAUGAGGUCCUGAAGGUCCAGUUGAAGAAGUACGUGGGGGCGGUACAGAUGCUGAAGAGAGAGGGGAACCAGGGCAACGACGCCCUGUCCAUAUUGCCAUCAAAAGAGGAGCAGACCCCUGUGCCGCAGAAUAAGUGCAUGGGCGACAUCGAGGAACUCGCUGCCAGCUAUGAACGCAAACUCAUAGAGGUGGCCGAGAUGCAUGGAGAGCUCAUAGAGUUUAAUGAGCGCCUGUACCGUUCCUUAAUGGCCAAAGACCACCUCAUUGUCCAGAUGAGACAGGAACUAAUUGACCUGAGAGGACCGGUUCCAGGUGAUUUAAGCCAGACGUCAGAGGACCCCAGUUUGUCCGAUUUUGAAACGGCUCAUCGCGCUCUCAUCAACGUGUGGAUUCCCUCUGUGUUCCUGCAGGGCAGAGCCGCCAACGCCUACCACGUCUAUCAGGUGUACAUCCGCAUCCUGGACAACGAGUGGAAUGUGUACAGACGUUACACAGAGUUCAGGGAGCUCCACAACCACCUGCGAGGCCAGUUUCCACAGGUGAACACCUUCAACUUCCCACCCAAGAAAGCCAUAGGGAAUAAGGAUGCCAAGUUCGUGGAGGAGAGAAGGAAGCAGCUGCAGGGUUACCUGCGCACGGUGAUGAACAAACUCAUCCAGACGCUGCCGGAGUUCACGGCCCGCCCCUCCAAAGAGACCCUGCUGUCUCUCCUGCCAUUCUGUCUAGACACACCCCAGGCAAACGACGGAGGAGCCAAGACGCCCCGGUCCAAAAACUCCUCCCGUUUCCCCAGACUGGGCCGCAGCCGCAACCAGGAAACACGACCGGAACCUCAGAGUGGAGACCUGUAACUUCAGAGCCUCGGAAGCAGCACUCUGACUUUACAGGCAGAAGACGACAAUGUUCCAGUGUCUCCGGACUAUGAGGACAUACAGGGAGCCCAUAGGACCUUCAAAGCCUUACAAAUGAAAAAAAUUAAAAACACCGGGGUAGAUGAACACAUACUACGUGUUUCUGAGCGUUGCCUGGCUGGGUAAGGAGAAAAGACUCCCCUGAGGCUGCCUAUCAGUGGAUCCAAUCAUACAGCACCUCUUACCUCAUGGAGAGACCAUCAGACUCUCUGUAAACUGCACACGGACUCACCUGGACUGCUCUCUUAUCUCCAACACAGUGAGGUGAUGAGGGGACAUGUAUUAUUUUUUCUUUUUUUUUUACUCUGCUCAGUUUUGUAGUGGUCAUGGUCACAGUGCCUACAGUGUUUUGUAGCUGCUUUCCUGCUCUGAGGGAAGGACGCGGAGGGGAACUGGGACGAAGUAUUCUCAAGGUGAAAGUUGCUUUUCAGGUAACGGAUCAACAUCUCGGUGCCAUUACAUUCUAGACGAGGUUGAUUCACAAUCUAUGGUGUGGAGCACUCCUCAGUGGACAAUUCCUUUUUUCUUACUUCUAUUAUAUUACUAUUACAACUAUAAUAGAUAGUCGGAAGGAGGUGCAUAUCUUCCAUCUCUUGAUGUCAUCAUAAAUGCAGUAAUUAUCAAGACAAUGUAUUUAAAAUUCAACUACAUGAUCGUCAACUACAGGAUUAGGGUUAAAUCCCUCUUUAAAAAACAUAAUGACUUUGGGACAGUAUGAAAAUCAUUGUGGUUGGAAAGUCAGAAUAUGUUUAGCUUUUUGACGAAUUAAGACCAUGUGCAUUAUAUUAAUAUUUUCUUUGUACCCUGACCUCCACCUAGAAAAUAAACACACAACAGCUCAAACUAAAUAGCUAAAGGAGGCAUAUAAUAAAUAAUUCAAGUUUUGAAAUCCUGUUCAAGCAUCAAUAUGUUGGUUGGAAGGAUAUGGCAAACAGAACAGAAUUAUAAAGACACUUUGUCAGAAUGAAGAUCUACUUAACCAUGGCCAAACUCUAUUUGUAAUACCGGCAUAUAAAAUAUUUUUUUUAAUUAAUUUCUGCACGGCCUCUUAUUAAUAUAAAGAAACUAAAAAUUCUUGCCGUUUCCUCUCACAAAUAUCUCUCCUCACAUCCAAGUCUUAGAUCAAUUUCCAAUCCCUGCUGUGAUGUAUCUGAUGAGUUCAUGUCAAAGAGUGAUUAGAUUAGAAAGGAAGGGGAACACUUUCCAUUAAAUAUAGAUAGAUGGGUGAGCCGAGUUUCCGUGGGUCAUCACAGGUCGCCUGGCUGCACUGCAAAAAAAUCCAGUGUUUAAAGAUUGUUUGCCUAAUGUGUCUUAGCAGGAUUUAAUGCCGCAUUAUGUUGCAAAUGAAUGUUUUAACGAUGACUAAACACUUGAAGGAAAAGCUGCUUGUUAGAGUGCAAGCAGAGGGCUGCUGAGCAUCAAGUGUAUGUAGAACAGAAGCUCAUGCAUAUGUAUGGAUUACCCAAGAGUAGUCGUAGCCUAUGUUCAACUGAGGAGCGAUUGUGUAAGAAAAGGUUUUCGGAAAAAACUUGAAUCAAAGGGUCGGUUCGCAAAAUGGUAAACACUGUUCACUGUCGAUGAGGGGAGGUGCACAGACGAGGCUUGUGGGUUUUAAUUAAGUUGUUAUUCUGACACAGGAAUGACCCGCACAACAAUCCAACUACUGGGAAAACCAUGACAAGGAUACUGUGGAAUAAAUGCUUUUAUCCGAGAGAUUCUGUCUGUUGAUAAUGUGAUGAUCUGUCCAAUAAAGUCAUCAACAUGGGAAAUCAUUAAGAGAGAGUCAUCUGGAAAGUGUAUUCUACAUAUUUGACAUGGCACAACUAUAAUUUUAGAUUUGUCCAGGGCACAAAGAAAGAAGGGAGACAUGGGUCGUCUUUUUUUUUACCCCACACAUUUAUUUUUAUUCGUCGAAAUCUGGCAUCUGAACCUACAGACAGGUGGCACCCUGUGGAGAUUAUUACUGUAGCCAUUGGAUAAUUCAUGCAAUCGUUCACGCUUAUCUGCCUAUCAUACAAAGAAGUUUUGGAAUGUGAAGAGAGAGGAGGACUGGUACCUGGCGAAGAGAGAAAUAAAAAAAAUGCAAGUGAUCAAAAACACAGCUUGACAAAUGUUGUAUAAGAACAAAAGUGCACUCCAAACAGCAUUUCAGGUUAAAUAAAAACAGCAAUUAUA